AUGGGAAUGUUGAUUCUACUGUAUGGCAUGCUCGCCAUUGUGGUUUUCGCCUUCUGUUUCUGUAUGUUCUUGUUUUACAGAGCAGCAAGAAGAGAAAUGCGGUUGUGUGCUGCUCUUGUAAAGCACAUGGAAGUGAACCGACAAGCUGAAAGGAAGAUCAUUAACAUGGACCAUGCUUUGGCCAUGGCAACGCAUGAUAUACGCACAUCGAUUGCAGCCAUCAUUAGCAUAAUUGAACUAUGUCGAAGAAUUCCCUCGAAAACUUUGGAGCUUGAUUCCAAUUUGGAGCAGAUGAAUUCUUGUGCAACAAAUAUGCUUGCAAUCAUGAAUUCUGUUCUAGAUGCUAGUAAGAUAGAGGCGGGCAAGAUGCAGUUGGAGGAGGGAGAGUUUGAUCUUGCUGAAACCAUGGAGGAAGUGGCUGAUAUUUUUUAUGGGCUUGCCAUUAAGAAUGGUGUAGAGGUUAUCAUGGAUCUCUAUGAUGGUACAGUUGAAAGAUACCGCCAUGUAAAAGGUGAUUGUGGAAAACUUAAGCAGGUUUUGAGUAACUUGCUUAGUAAUGCCGUGAAAUUCACAACAGAGGGUCAUAUUGUGGUUCGUGCUUUGAUCAAGAAACCGAUCAUGAUCUCAAAAGCAUCGAUAGCUAACUCUCAUCAUAAGGGUUAUUUCUUCAAUUCAUGGGGUUGUAUUAUGAGAUGGUUAAGUGAUAGUGAUGAAGCCUAUGAGUUUAAUGUUGUUCAAGCGGAUUCAGAUUCCUUGGAAUUUAUUUGUGAGGUGGAUGACUCAGGAAAGGGCAUUCCAAAGGAUAAGCACGAAACAGUAUUUGAGAAUUAUAUUCAAGUUAAAGAAUCAGUACCUAACAAUAUUCAGGGCACUGGUUUGGGACUUGGCAUAGUUAAAUCCUUGGUACGUCUCAUGGGUGGAGAUAUCCAUAUCAAAGACAAAGAGCCAGGGGAAAGGGGGACUUGCUUUAAAUUCAAUAUUUUCUUAAGAGGUACAGAGCGAUUUGAUUUGAACCUAGGACAAACAAAUGCAUUAGGAGGUCUUGUAGCACAUACAGUACUCUUAAUCCAAGGGGAGGUCCCCAGACAAAUUUCUCAAAAAUGGAUGAGUAAUCAAGGGUUUAAAGUUUGGAUGUCGGACGGGUUGGAAGAUUUGUUUGGUACAUUGGAAAGGCUAAAAAGUGAAUUGUUUUUAAGCAGCUUUAGAUCCUUGGAAAGCUUAGAAUUGAAUUCAGUAGAUAGCUAUCGAAGCGAUCACUCAAUGGACAUCCUUACCAGAAGAGUUUUGAAACGUUCUACUAGCCACAUUGACCUAGUUCAUCAUAGUACCAGAUUCAAUAUUGAAAAUGCUUGUAUUUUAAUGGUUAUAGAUAUGGCUUGUGGGCCAUUUUCGAAACUCUCUUUAAUAAUAUCUGAUUUCAUUAGAAGCAUAAAUAAUUUACAAUUUAAGGUUGUUUGGUUAACUACGCCCAUUACCUCAAGUGAAGAUUUGGAAGUUCUGGAAAGUGGGCAAGUUCCAUGCAAUCUUGUUUUACGCAAACCAUUUCAUUGGUCUCGCUUACAUAAAGUUCUUCAACUUGUGAAAGAUCCAUGGGAAGAAAAUGACAGUGAUUCAUCACAAACAGUAAAAAUUGAUGUCAUGCCUGCAGCUAGCUCAAGUACAAGGCUUAGAGGGAAUUUUGAUGGCAUGAAAGUACUAGUUGUGGAAGAUAAUAUAUUGUUGCGGCGAUUAGCAACGGCUAAUCUUUCUCGUCUAGGUGCUUUGGUUGAAAUAUGUGAAAAUGGAGAAGAUGCUCUGAACCGGGUCAUCAAGGCUCUCCGAGGUAAAGAAAGUGCUUCAAAAGAAAUUCAUGAGAUUCAUGAAGACUCCUCAAGUUCUCCAUUUGACAUUAUUCUAAUGGAUUGUGAGAUGCCAAUUAUGAAUGGAUACGAGGCAACAAGAAGGAUUCGAGAAGAGGAGAGGCGUUAUGGGAUUCACAUUCCAAUUAUAGCUCUCUCAGCUCAUGUCAUGCCAGAAGAAACAAACAAAUCAAUUCAAUCAGGAAUGGACUUCCACUUGACAAAGCCCCUCCAAAUGGAUUCUCUCUUAGAUGCUAUCAAUAGAAUCAACAGAUAG